ACAUUGAAUUAUGAAAUAACCUAAAAAUUAUGAAUUUUUACGCGGUCUAUCCGUCUAUGAUCUUUGAUGUUAUUUUUUUUAUUUGUAGUAAUUUACUCAUUUCUUUUCUAGUUAUUUGUGUAAUUUAUAGUCUUUAUCAAUCCAGUAAUUUCUUUCUAACAUUGUAAUCCAAAAUUCCUCUUAGAUUCCAACUCUUGAUUCCUCUUCGAGUUUAUAAACUAACUAAACUAAAGUUUACAAAUAUUUGUCUUUUCCAGUCGAAUAAUUAAUGACAUGGAGGAGAUAAAGCUAGUGAAGUCUCCAUCGAAGCCAGUGUGGUUGUUCCGAUCAAAAGAUCAGACAGGAACAAGUCAAACGAGAAAUCUGAGCUUCAGCUUCCGACUACACAAUGAAGAUAAUGAUUCAGAUAGCUCAGAGGGCAAUAAACUCACAAUCGAUAUCAAUGAGGAUUCCAUCAAAUCAGGAUUGUCAAGAGCUGAAGAGCCUCAAAGUGAAAGUGUUGCUUCAACUCCAGACUCGAAAGGAUUAUUCUCUCCAAAUUCAAAAAUUCCUAACGUUUUGGAUCAAGUCGAAGGUGAGAUUGAGAGGCAACUUGAUCUAAAAGCUGAAAAAUCCAAGCUAACAGUAAUAAAUAUCAAGAAAAUAAUAAGGGAUGUGAUCAUGAAUAAGGACGUAAUCUCAAUGGUUAGACAAUCGAUGGAUGACAAAAAGAUUGAAGUUCCAUAUGAACCAAAAUUGACAAGAGCUAAAGCAAGAGAACUUAUGGAGAAGCAAGCCUUGUCAGUUGUUUGGCCUUUGCACGAAGUUCCAUCAAAACAAACACCUUGCAAGUCAAAAAUCCUCAUGGAAAAAGAAUACCCCGAGGAUUCUUCAGAUGAGGAAUAUCGUCCAAGUGAAGAUGAACCGAGUGACGAUGAUGAUAUUAACAAAUCAACUACAACUUCAGUUCUUGAGGAUUUGAACCAUCCUGACAAAGAUGACGAAAUAUUUGACAAUGAAGAGUUAGGUUUGGAGGAUACGAUCUGUGAAGAUGAAAGCCAACCCAAAAGAAAGAGAAUCACUUUCGAUCUUCCUCCUGAAACGCCUACUGAUGAGGAACCACACUCGCCAUCUUUUAUUGAUGAUUUAGUGAGAGAAAGCAUUGGACAAAGAACUAGAUCAAAACUCUGCUUGAGUGAAACUCCAUUGGAAGAAAUUGAGCAAGCUUUCAUUCCACCAGAUAUUACCUGUGAUAUGUACGACUUCAAUUGUGAUAAUGAUGAUUGGACUAAUUUUUUGAAAGAAUUUACGCAACCUCUAGAUACUUUGCCAGAUAUGAAUGAAACCGUGGAUGAUGUUGAAGCGGAUCCUGAGUACAACGUUCUUGCUGAUGAAGAUACAUUAACGGAGGAUAUGGAAGAACUACGUCAUGAUAGAGGAGUCAAGGUUUCUCGAAGAGAAGUGAAAGAGUUGAUUAAAGAGUUAUUCGAAUACACUGAAAUGAUGUCCAGUGAAGAUAAAGAUAAAAAGAAAACUCAGAAGUCACCAGUACAACUGAGAGAAAGCAUUGGACAAAGAACUAGAUCAAAACUCUGCUUGAGUGAAACUCCAUUGGAAGAAAUUGAGCAAGCUUUCAUUCCACCAGAUAUUACCUGUGAUAUGUACGACUUCAAUUGUGAUAAUGAUGAUUGGACUAAUUUUUUGAAAGAAUUUACGCAACCUCUAGAUACUUUGCCAGAUAUGAAUGAAACCGUGGAUGAUGUUGAAGCGGAUCCUGAGUACAACGUUCUUGCUGAUGAAGAUACAUUAACGGAGGAUAUGGAAGAACUACGUCAUGAUAGAGGAGUCAAGGUUUCUCGAAGAGAAGUGAAAGAGUUGAUUAAAGAGUUAUUCGAAUACACUGAAAUGAUGUCCAGUGAAGAUAAAGAUAAAAAGAAAACUCAGAAGUCACCAGUACAACUGGUAUGA